AGCAGCUACGGCUCUUCCCUCGAAACAGAUAAUUCGGAGGAGGUGAAAGAGGUUGAGAUGACUCUUCUUGCUCUCCCUCCGUGCAAAGAAUUGUUGCUUUCUGUCCCUUCCACAACGUUAUAACAUGCUGACGGAAUUCUCGGUCAAUAACGAGGUACACAAAAAGAUUCACUCCUGAACAUACACAGGUUGCCCAGACUGCCGGCUUCGAUAUUCGAUCACGCACAUUGAGACAAUGAGACAUUUUCCUUUGACCUUUCUAGCUUUCAGAAGUGCAAAUAAGUUGAGCACAACGCCAGAUGCAUAGCCGAGAAUAUUGUGAGUAUAAAUGAGGCUGGAGAAUUUCUUCCCAAAGGUAGCUUUCCUCCCGCAGUAGUAUUUCACAUUUCCAUUCGAUCUCGAUAUAAAUGCGAGGGUAUAACCGGUACCAACAACAGCGAUAACAAAAAUUAUGCUGGUCACAACGAGGAUGUCCGACCUAAAUACAUGUUCGUAAGAUGGUCAUUAUUUUUUGUAAAUAAACGAUGCUGA